CACAGAGUCGGCGAGCAUAAGUCGUGAUUCAUUAAAGUCAUCACUAUACAGGGAUUGGUAGUUGAUGGAUGAGAGUGCAUUAAUUCCAAUCACAAAUAAUAAAUAUCAUCUGCUUUCUGGCCUUUCAUGUGGAAACCAUUAUAUAUAGGGCCGCUCCGGCCAUCAUCUUUAUUCAAACCACAACUGGAGUUAGAUCUACUUCCCAGCAUGGGAAAGAUUGCCAGUAGUGGAAGUAGAAUCUUCUUUUUCUUUGCGCUUUUGGCUUCCCUUUCACUGGUUUCCUCUGCAAACAGGAAGCUUUCUGCGGGUAAUGGCGGCCUCGAGGAGCAGAAGUGGUUCCAUCAUGGAGUAGGCGGCGGUUUUGGCGGUGGUUCUGGUGGGGGACUUGGUGGUGGUGGUGGGCUUGGAGGCGGUGGUGGCGGUGGGUUAGGUGGCGGUGGAGGACUCGGUGGCGGUAGUGGGCUUGGAGGAGGUUAUGGUGGGGGCGGCGGAGUCGGUGGUGGUGGCGGA